GGCUAAGUCUUGUGUAUGGCGUGGUUACGGUUGCAGCCUCUUACCUCUGCCUUCCUCCAUUUUGGGCUGGUUACUUUUGUGCUCUUCCUGAAUGGUCUUCGGGCAGAGGCUGGUGGCUCAGGAGAUGUGCCCAGCACAGGGCAGAACAAUGAAUCCUGUUCAGGGUCAUCGGAUUGCAAGGAGGGUGUCAUCCUACCAAUCUGGUACCCAGAGAACCCUUCCCUUGGGGACAAGAUUGCCAGGGUCAUUGUCUAUUUUGUGGCCCUAAUAUACAUGUUCCUUGGGGUUUCUAUCAUUGCUGACCGCUUCAUGGCAUCUAUUGAAGUCAUCACCUCUCAAGAGAGGGAGGUUACUAUCAAAAAGCCCAAUGGAGAAACCAGCACAACCACGAUUCGGGUCUGGAAUGAGACUGUCUCCAACCUGACCCUUAUGGCCCUGGGUUCCUCUGCUCCUGAGAUCCUCCUCUCUUUAAUUGAGGUGUGUGGUCAUGGGUUCAUUGCUGGUGAUCUGGGACCUUCUACCAUAGUAGGCAGUGCAGCCUUCAAUAUGUUCAUCAUCAUUGGCAUCUGUGUCUACGUGAUUCCUGAUGGAGAGACUCGCAAGAUCAAGCACCUACGAGUCUUCUUCGUCACUGCUGCUUGGAGUAUCUUUGCCUACAUCUGGCUCUAUAUGAUCCUGGCAGUCUUCUCUCCUGGUGUGGUCCAGGUUUGGGAAGGCCUCCUCACUCUCUUCUUCUUUCCAGUGUGUGUCCUUCUGGCCUGGGUGGCAGAUAAACGACUGCUCUUCUACAAAUACAUGCACAAAAAGUACCGUACAGAUAAACACCGUGGAAUUAUCAUAGAGACAGAGGGUGACCAUCCUAAGGGCAUUGAGAUGGAUGGGAAAAUGAUGAAUUCCCAUUUUCUAGAUGGGAACUUGGUACCCCUGGAAGGGAAAGAAGUGGAUGAGUCUCGCAGGGAGAUGAUCCGAAUUCUCAAGGAUCUGAAGCAGAAACACCCAGAGAAGGACUUAGAUCAGCUGGUAGAGAUGGCCAAUUACUAUGCUCUUUCCCACCAACAGAAGAGCCGCGCCUUCUACCGGAUCCAAGCCACCCGUAUGAUGACUGGUGCAGGCAACAUACUGAAGAAGCAUGCAGCAGAACAAGCCAAGAAGUCCUCUAGCAUGAGCGAGGUGCACACUGAUGAGCCUGAGGACUUCAUCUCCAAGGUCUUCUUUGACCCUUGUUCUUACCAGUGCCUGGAGAACUGUGGAGCUGUACUCCUGACAGUGGUGAGGAAAGGGGGAGAUAUGUCCAAGACCAUGUAUGUGGACUACAAAACAGAGGAUGGUUCUGCCAAUGCAGGGGCUGACUAUGAGUUCACAGAGGGCACUGUGGUACUGAAGCCAGGAGAGACCCAGAAGGAGUUCUCCGUGGGCAUCAUUGAUGAUGACAUUUUUGAGGAGGAUGAACACUUCUUUGUGAGGUUGAGUAAUGUCCGUAUAGAAGAAGAGCAGCCAGAGGAGGGGAUGCCUCCAAUAAUACUCAACAAUCUUCCCUUGCCUCGAGCUGUCCUAGCAUCCCCUUGUGUGGCCACAGUUACUAUCUUGGAUGAUGAUCAUGCAGGCAUCUUCACUUUUGAAUGUGAUACUAUUCACGUCAGUGAGAGUAUUGGUGUUAUGGAGGUCAAGGUCCUACGGACAUCAGGUGCUCGGGGCACAGUCAUCGUUCCCUUUAGGACAGUAGAAGGGACAGCCAAGGGUGGUGGUGAGGACUUUGAAGAUACAUACGGGGAGCUGGAGUUCAAGAAUGAUGAAACUGUGAAAACCGUAAGGGUUAAAAUAGUAGAUGAGGAGGAAUACGAAAGGCAAGAGAAUUUCUUCAUUGCCCUUGGUGAACCGAAAUGGAUGGAACGUGGAAUAUCAGCGCUCCUGUUGUCUCCAGAGGUAACUGACAGGAAGCUGACUGUGGAGGAAGAGGAGGCCAAGAGGAUAGCAGAAAUGGGAAAGCCAGUGUUGGGUGAACACCCCAAACUAGAGGUCAUCAUUGAAGAGUCCUAUGAGUUCAAGUCUACAGUGGACAAACUGAUCAAGAAGACAAACCUGGCCCUGGUUGUUGGGACCCAUUCCUGGAGGGACCAGUUCAUGGAGGCGAUCACUGUCAGUGCAGCAGGGGACGAGGAUGAAGAUGAGUCAGGGGAGGAGAGGCUGCCGUCCUGCUUUGACUACGUCAUGCACUUCCUGACGGUCUUCUGGAAGGUGCUGUUUGCCUGUGUGCCUCCCACAGAGUACUGCCAUGGCUGGGCCUGCUUCGUCGUCUCCAUUCUCAUUAUUGGAAUGCUUACCGCCAUAAUCGGGGAUUUGGCCUCCCACUUCGGCUGCACCAUUGGUCUCAAGGAUUCGGUCACAGCUGUUGUUUUCGUGGCAUUUGGCACCUCCGUGCCAGAUACAUUUGCCAGCAAAGCUGCUGCCCUCCAGGAUGUGUACGCAGAUGCCUCCAUUGGCAACGUCACUGGCAGCAAUGCCGUCAACGUCUUCCUGGGCAUUGGCCUGGCCUGGUCCGUGGCCGCCAUCUACUGGGCCCUGCAGGGACAGGAGUUCCACGUGUCAGCUGGCACGCUGGCCUUCUCCGUCACCCUCUUCACCAUCUUUGCGUUUGUGUGCAUCAGUGUGCUCUUGUACCGACGGCGGCCCCAUCUGGGCGGGGAGCUCGGUGGCCCCCGCGGCUGCAAGUUAGCCACAACUUGGCUCUUUGUGAGCCUGUGGCUCCUCUACAUACUGUUUGCCACGCUGGAGGCCUACUGCUACAUCAAGGGGUUCUGAGCCACAGAACAAGGCCUCCAGCAGGGCAGGCCUAGGACUUCUCCUACGAGAAGGGCACUUCCCCACCAGUGGCCUCUCCAGGAUGAGCAGCCCUGGAGAGGCAGCAUCAGGACCCGAGCCCCAGGAACUUCACCCGACCUAGGCCCUGGCAGGGAACUGAAAGGGCAGAGUCUUAAUCAAUCAAACAGAAUGGAGGAAACUCCCACUUUACAAAGUAUUUAAUAAAAUACAAACUAACAACAGCAACAAAUCCACCUCCACCCUACCUUCCCAAUCUUGUCCCUGGCCCAUCACAAGGGUCAGACCCUUUUACCUCCUGCUAUUCCACCUUCUGAUGAUCCUUUGCCUCUGGUUUUUCUGGGGCAGGGUUUCUCCUUGUCUAUCCAGUGCGAUACAUCACUGCUCUCUCACUCAGCUGGCAAGGCGUGAAAAUGAGUCAUAUCCAUGUGGCUGGUUGGGGCUUCUCUUUUCAUUGUAAUCAUUAUUGUGGGUGCUUUUGUUUUCUCAUUGGGCUUUGCUUAUUGUUUCGUUUUGUCUUUUCUUUCUGAAGUUAGUGACAAAGGUGCCAUGAGGAAAUUCCAGGUCUGAGCGACAGAUGAGGCAUGAGUUUUCAGACACGCCUUCCCACUCUCACAGGGUAACAGCUGUCUCUAGGCUCCAUCAAGGUCCUGCCCCCAUCUUCUUUAUUCCUCUGAGUUCUUUGGAGGACUUACAGCAUUUGGGCUGGAGUGAGCUCACAUACAAACACGGGGCACUAAAGAACAAGGGUUUCAGUCGGAGCAGGAGGAACUUUCUAUGCUCAUCAAAAUUGAGUGGAAAAAAAAAAAGAUUGUCCUUUUCCCUGCUUACGCCUUUCCAACUCUGUAUGUCUGUGGUGUCAGUGUCUAUAUGUGCAUGCUUCUGCAGAAAGACUCACCGGGUGGGACAUCAGGGACAAAAAUAGGAAGAGGAUAUGAUGACAAAGGGCAGCGGGAGAAACAAGAGUGCUACGUGCCAUCCUGCAUAUCUUUGCCUUUGUAUCUGAGGCAGGAGAGAGGGGAUGUCCAACCAGUAGGAUUUUGAAGAGGAAAGGUUGUAUUUAAAAUGCCAGCAUUUCUGAGAAAUGUCAGCUCACCACCCCCUCACUUCCUAAUGCACCAUACUAGGAGGGCUGACUAUAUUUCUUGAAGUGAUGCAAAAACUUAAGAGGUUUAUAAGAGAACAAGGGGCUCCUUCCACCUCUCCUGGUUCCUUGAGGCAUGUUGAAAGCAAUUUUACAAGACAGGAACUGGAAUUCCUUGUUUCUUCCGUGUUCCUCCUUGUUUUUAAACCUUAUGAAGAUUUUUGUUCAGUCUGUGGGGGUAUGUCUUCUUGCCCCAAGAAGAGCAGUCUUAAUUGCCAUAAUCCCAUGGAGCCUGGAUUUAUAGGAAAAAGAGAUCACCAUGCCCUGUAGACCUUUUCCCAACAACUUUUGAAAGGACCUGGCUUUAAAACACACACACACACACACACACACACACACACACGACUUCACCACAAAACUACUCACAGGUCUUUAGGCUUUCUGCAUUGACAUAAAUACAUUUUCUAAGGGGGGGGGGAAGAAAUUAAAAACAAAAAACACCUGUUUAAUUUUAAACACAUUUUUUAAGAAAAAAAUAACUAAAAAAGAAACUGUGCUUGUGUCAUAAGCUAUGUUGGCAGUUGCCAGUGGAAAUGUUGGGUUGGUUUAAA